UUCCUCAAAGAAAUUGAUAUACCUAGAUACGGACGAAGCUAUCUUCCAUAUCCCGAGUAUGUAUCGUCUGAAGAUGAUCCGUGCAAAGCACAUGCCAAAUGCCCAAGCCAGCUGGGAGUCCAACCACAUGCCCCUCAUCUCACCAUAUCUCCAUCAUCCUCUGUCUGCGAACCCGAUCGAUCUUCGUACCCACAAUCCAAUAGCAUCAAUCCACGAGCCUUCCUCCCCAAGACAAUCGCCAUGGCCUCAACCUCCAAAGACGUACGAAGAUACUACCAGCCCCCCUACACCAGACCCUCAUCAACAUCUUCCCCCACGAACCCGCCAACCAAGCCAGCAGCCCCGAAUCUCCCAUCUUCUUCUCAUCCAGCGAAUCCAAUCCCCACAUCUUCCGCCCGCCCAACGAGCUCACCAGUACCCAAGCCAGUCUCAAAGCAAGACACCCCCUCCUCGUCCAACUCUAAUUCGAACUCCAAAACCGCCUCAGAUUCGAACGCCCCAUCUCCCACGCCGUCCCCACCCCCAUCCACCCCCGGAAGCAGCCUCACAGCAACCCCCCCACCCCUCGCCACCAACACCAUCUGGAUCCAGCCGCCCUACUACGACUUCGUCCCCGCCGCCCUCACCCUCCCAAUCCCCAGCUACCUCCACUUCGCCUUCCCGCCCUUUCCGCACGCCACGAACCACUCCAUCGCCCAGUCGUCCGCCGACCACCCCUGCACACCCUACGCCAACACCACCGCUCCGGGGUUCUGGUCCGGCGUCGUCGACGAAAGCUGGUACAUCCCCAUUUCCCCCACCCCCACCGCCGCCACCAACAAGCGGGUAGGAAGGCAGGAUCUGACGCCCAUGCCGGUGUGGGAGCUCUACCUCGCCACCGCCGCCGAGCCGGUGUAUUUCUUCGACGCCGGCGGCACGGACUCAAUUGGCUGGAAGUGCGUGAAAUACGGGGUUGUCGGGGUUGUGAACCCGGUUGAUGGUGUGAACGGGGGCGAGAUCGGGAGGGUGAGGAGUCUAGCGACCGGCUCGACAGCGGCGGGCGCUGGGGUGGGGCCGCCGGGCGCGCCGAGGGGAGGGGAGUGGGUGUCGACGAUUGGGAGGGCGGGGACGACGGGGGCAGGGCAGGGCGCGUCGACGAGGGUGGUUGUGGCGACGGGGACGGGUGCGGCGGCGGCCAGCGCGUCUGGGGUUCCGAGGGGCGGGAAGGGGGUCUCGAGUGCGGCAGUUGGGGGGAUUGCGUUUGCGGGGCUGAGUGUGGUUGGGAUUCUGAUUUUUGGGUGGUGUGUGUUGAAGAAGCGGCGGGAUGGGAAGACGAAUAAGAGAGGGCAUGUCAGGGAUUCGUCGAGUCUGGAGUUUCGGGAUUCUGCGCCUGCGAGUGGGCCGGAGAUGGGGGGUGGCUAUAUGAGUGUGAGGCGUGAGGAAUGA